ACAACUCUCCUCUCCUCUCUUCCCAUUUCUCACAUUCUCUGUCUCUGUGGGUGACUUACUGAGGUUGGUCAUGGUUUUGGCUUAGGCUAAUGUCUACUUCUCUUAUGGGGUUUUCAUGUGGAGAUGGAUAUGAUAAAAGAGAAGCCAAAGUUCCAUUGAGAGCUGAGAUUGAAGAGGCACAUGAAGGUCCAGGCAUGCAGGGUGUUCAUGGGUUGGAAUUGGAUCUGGAGUUCAAGCCAAUAGAUCACCCAGUAGAGCCACCUGACGAGGAUAGACCCGUCAAAUGCCCAAUGCCUGGUUCCUCAGUUCCAAAUCAUGUGCGGGAGGAACGGUUUGCCGAAAGCCUGAGGAAGAGAGUGGAACAAUCAUCAGAAUUGAACGAGGAAGGCAUGUUGGUGGUGGCCAUUGAGCCUCCAGCUCGAGCAGUGCGUAAGAGGCAUCACACUCUCACUCGCAGCCAUUCAAUACCACCCCUGUUCAGGAGGCCGCCUCUUCCCCCUUUACCGACUCAGAAUGACUCGAUCUUCCAAAUGCUUCAACAAUGCAACGAGUAUGAAUCCUGUAAAGAUACACAGUAUUAGAUGAUUACAACUUCUGGAGUUUGGUGUCUACCUGACAUUACAAAUAGGUAGCAUUCAUCCCGAGUUCCACAUAGCUUCUAUAGAUACGGAGAAGCCCAAAUUUGUAAUCUCCAAGAUGGUAGUAGGGAGGACUUGAAGUGUUAUGGGGAUAAGUAUUCUGUAUAGUAUCUUGAAACAUGAUAUAGCUUAAUGUCAAAUUACUUAAAUCUGGUUUCUUUA